AUGCGACUAUUACUGCGUUCAUGGCAGCAGCAGCAACAACAGCAACGACAAUGGCGGAUACUGCCGGCUUCAUUACGUGCAUGCUCGUCUCUUUCCGAAAGGCUACAUCGAGAUUUGACAUCACGACGCCUUCCCUUGACUUUUGAUUAUCUACAUCCCCAACCGUCAUUCCUCCUGAGCUUAACUUUGGCCGAACUUCUUCCCACGCUAACCCCAGCGUCAAAUGAGCUUCCUUCCGCACACAGCAGAUUUCCCGUGCCAGCAGGCCACCAUCUAGUCUACUUCCCUCCCCAGGUCACGUUGUCGCAGAUCCUUCCAGACGGUACAGACACCUUACAUGCCCCAGGGAGUCCCUUUGAUAGGCGCUUGUGGGCUGGUGGAAGUGUCAGAUUCUCCACCCCAAACGGCCUGGUUCUCAAUGGCAGCCGCGCCGUUUGUAUCGAAACUAUUCGUGACGUGGUGAUGAAGGGCCGGUCAGGCGAAGAGAAGGUUAUGGUCAGAAUUGAAAGGCGGAUCGGCGCAGUUCAAGAGGGCGAAGACCAUCGCAAUAUUAGAGAGCGGAUAUGGAAGGAAGCCGAGGAAGACGUUGGCGAUGCUUGUGUCAUUGAGACUAGGAAUCUAUUGUUCAUGCGCAAGAAGACUCCCGAGCAAUUAAGUCAUGACAAGGCUGGUUUUGACAUGGAAAAUAGGGCUAUAAGAUGUGCGAGAUUCCUCGAAGAUUGCCAUAAGUUUGAAUUGGCUGUCACGCACAUUGAGUAUAGGAACAUAGCUCCUCUAUAUGUUGAUGAGGAGUUGGCAGUAUGCGGCAAACCCAAAUCCGGAAAAGGCUACGCAAUCUGGGAUGUUUGGAUUGAGGGCAGGGACGGACGACUUGCCUUUUGGGCUGCUCCUCCUGUUACUAGAACACUCACUGCACUUACAUUUCUACAGUCUAUAAUGGUACAUGGUGGCCUUCUCAGCGGUUACUAUGUACUGUUCCUUCGUCGCCUUGUCUUCAAGACUCUACCAGAGAUAUGGAGGCUGUUCUCGCCGUUUAUGAUCACUGGACCAGGCCUUUCCCUGAUCUUUGAUCUCUACUUUAUGUUUACCUAUGGCAGUCGCCUGGAGACUGAAUCUCCCCGGUUCAGUGCACCCGGUGAUUUUUUCACUUAUGUGUCCUUCGUAGCCUCCAUCAUCAUGCUCACGGCAGGUUGUCUAUUGAAUAGUGUAAUUUUCACUUCUGCGUUGAUCAUGGCUUUCGUUUACACGUAUUCCCAAGACAACCGAGGGAGAAAGGCGAGCUUUUUCAUCGUCCAAAUACCCGUCGAGUUCUUGCCAUGGGCAAUGCUCACAUUAACGCUGGUCGUUUCCGGAUGGCCUGCGGCGUUAAGGGACGGCAUGGGCAUAGUAGCUGCCCACUUCUACGAUUUUCUUACCCGUAUUUAUCCAACUUUCGGAGGUGGUAAGAAUUACCUCGUCACUCCAGAAUUUGUGAGGCGGUUCUUUGCUGCUCGCAAGCCGCGGAGCGAACCUCGCGCCUUUGGGACCGCCUACCGUGCGACGGACCAGCCCCAGGGUUCUUCGGGAAGUUGGGCUUCGUCUUUUCAGAGCCCUUGGAGCAGAAGAGGGCCAGGAAGAAGACUUGGUGGUGACUGA